CCACAUCCCCCUCCCCAACAGACAAUGUUACAUUAACCCACUACAGGGAAGGCAUGAGCACCUCCUACAGCUAUGCCAAUAGGAAGCCUGCAAUGCGACCAAGAUGAAUGAUGAGACGCGAAAUAAUUCCACCUCCUGCAUCAGGGUGAAGAUCCCCUCCAUCCAUGUGGAACUCAAACCCGGUGACCUGAUUGAGAUCUUCCGCUCAUGCUACCAGCACUGGGCCAUCUACGUCGGUGAUGGCAAAGUCGUCCACCUGGCUCCUCCUUGUGAGCACCCCAUGGACGGCGUUGCCAGCGUCCUGGCGGCCCUGUCCGACAGAGCCUUUGUGAAGAAGGACUGGCUGGAGGAAGUGGUGCGCAAGGACCGCUACCGGGUGAACAACAAGCACGACGAGACGCACCCCCCGCUGCCGGUCUCCAAGAUCGUCCGGUGGGCCGAGGAGCUGGUGGGGCGCGAGAUGCCCUACAACCUGACCAGCCACAACUGUGAGCACUUCGUCAUGGAGCUGCGCUACGGCGUGGCCAUGAGUGACCAGGUCACGGAAGCUAUAGCCAUGGGCACUGUGGGGGUGAUGGGCGUGGCGGCAGCUGUGAUCAGAUCCAUGGCUCAGAGACGCAAGCAUCGGAAGGAGUAGCGGCAGAUGGAGGGAGUGGGGUUCGUACCCGCACUGGCUUGGGGCGAUUAACCCGGCUCUCAUCCUUUAUCAUCAGAUUGUUUUCAGUGGAAGAUGAAAGCUAAAUGAGAUUUCGUGAACAAAGCUGCCCCGUAGAUGAUGCC